GCUAGCUUGCACGUCGUGUAGUUAAUACUGAAAUUAAUUCGCAAAUAGUUUCGACGUAGACCAGCUCAGGAAAAUAACGAAACAAGGACAGCUGGACCUUUCUCGCAGGUACCAAUAAGUGUUCUAGAGAUUGAGAUUGAGGGCGCCGGAAGCCCGUAAGCUCCUGAGCUGUACGGUGUAGUUGGACGUCGCUGAAAAAGAAAAAGAAAAGAAGAUAACGUACGGUUCCGAAAAUAUCGGCAAAAUAUCAAGAGCAGAAAGGAAAAGCGAAACUUGUGGCUUCUCUGUGAACCGAAGCUACGUUGGAGCAGUAAAAACUGUGGUGAAAAUCGGUGGAUCAAGGUUGUUCCGGAAGUUUGCACGGGUACAGUUCCUCAGCCAAAUUGGAUCCCAACAAAAUGGAUAGUCCGUGUGAGUCGGAGAGCUCACUAGACGGGGGAGCCAUGCUGCCCCCGAGCCCCGUGUCACGGGAACAACUGCAAAAACGGAUCGAAAGUCUCACGCAACAAAACAAGGUGCUUAAAGUAGAGCUAGAAACGUAUAAAAUUCGAGUUAAAGUCAUCCAAGAGGAGAACCGUUCGCUACGCCAAGCAUCAGUUAUCAUUCAAGCGAAAGCUGAGCAGGAAGAGGAAUACAUCUCAAACACGCUGCUCAAGAAAAUACAAGCUCUGAAGAAGGAGAAGGAAACGCUCGCGCACCACUACGAGCGCGAGGAAGAAUGCCUCACCAAUGAUCUGUCGCGCAAGCUCGAUCAGCUGCGACAGGAGAAGUGCAAACUCGAGCAAACCCUGGAGCAGGAACAAGAGUGUUUAGUUAACAAGCUGAUGCGCAAAAUUGAGAAACUAGAAGCGGAAACGUCUGCGAAGCAGAAUCACCUCGAGCAGCUACGUCGCGAGAUGGUAGAGCUGGAAAAUACGCUCGAACAGGAGCAAGAAGCGCUGGUGAACAAGCUUUGGAAGCGUAUGGAUAAGCUGGAGGCGGAAAAGCGCUCCCUACAGAUCAAGUUGGAUCAACCGGUGUCCGAUCCUACCAGUCCGAAAGAGAUCAGCCACCAUCGUAACGAAAAUGGCAAUGAUACGGCAUCGCAGCUGACGGCUCACAUAACGAAUCUACGCUCGGAAGUCGAUCAACUGCGGAGCAAUCUGGCGGCGGCCGAGAAGGAGAGCAAAGAAAAAACGCAACAGUUUGCGCACGAGGAAAAGUGCAUACGUGAAGAAAAUAAGCGGCUGCAGCGUAAACUACAGCAGGAAGUCGAACGGCGCGAAGCGCUGUCACGGCAUCUGUCCGAGUCGGAGUCUUCGCUGGAGUUCGAAGACGAGCGACUGUUCAACGAGAACGUGUCCGUACUGGCAAGUCAACGUCCGAUCAGCCCGGGAGGGUUGACCCGCUGUAUAGCGUGUGGUCAGCUGGUGAGUCGGCGUGCAAGCGAGCGAUUCAUCAAACCUGCCAUCCCAAUCGGACUGAACACAUCUGCACCGAACGUGCUGUCCUCGCACUCUUCCUCCGCCGGUGGGGGUGGCAGUUUGUUCCCGCUGCUUGGCGGGGGUGGCAGCACUGGUGGUGUUGGAACCGGAUCGCUCAACAGUAGCAUUGGCUCGUCCAACUCGAACAACACUAGUAGUAAUAUUUCGUUCACCGGUAAUUCGUCCUUCGUUCAGCCGGCCAGUCCAAUGGAUACCUCGAUGUGCAAGGAUUAA